CCAGGUUCGAUCGAUUAUUCGUUGGCUAUCCCUGCCUUGAGUAAAGCACCAAUGAUGCUGUCACACACAUAGCUUCUGUAUAGGGAUUUAUGCAUUGACACUUCGAACAGCUCAAAUUCAUAGCCAGGUUUCAGUUUCGAGGAUUGUAAGCAAAAGAAAACAAGUGCUACGCCAGAGGAUUUACUAGUAUAUCUCUCCAUUUUAUUUGAACUAUCACGUGAGGUCGCAAAAACAAAUAAUAGGUAAUAUUCGGGUUCAAAUAUGGCGGAUCGGAGUAGUAGUGGUUCUUCAGGCCUGAGAGUGAUCGCCAAUGGGCGGGACGGCCGGACUAGAGACGAUAACGCCAACACUGAAGAAGGACCCAAGAAAUAUGACGAAACUCUCAUCCAUAAGACGAUUCUCGUGGGAGAUAGUGGUGUCGGUAAAACUUCAUUACUCGUCCAGUUCGACCAGGGCAAAUUUCACAGCGGUUCAUUCUCGGCGACAGUAGGAAUCGGGUUCACGAAUAAAGUUGUAAAUGUAGAAGGCUGUAAAGUAAAACUACAGAUAUGGGAUACUGCAGGUCAAGAACGCUUCCGCAGUAUUACGCGGGCAUAUUACCGUGACGCAAAUGCAUUACUAUUAUUAUAUGACGUGACGAGCAAACCAAGUUUUGACAACAUCAGGGCGUGGCUCAGUGAAAUAAACGAAUAUGCCCAAGACGACGUUGUUAUCAUGUUGCUAGGUAACAAGGCAGACAUGACAGAAGGCCGGGUGAUAAAAAGAGAGGAAGGGGAAAAACUAGCAAGGGACCAUAAUGUAGCCUUUAUGGAAACAAGUGCCAAAACGGGUAUGAACGUGGAAUUAGCAUUUAUGGCAAUAGCAAGAGAUUUGAAGAUGAAAAAGACAAGAAAUCCCAGUGAUCCCAAGUUUAGUGUUGUGGACUAUAUUGACCAGCAUGACGAGAAGAAAGCUGGCGGCUGCUGUAGUAGUUAACAAUAUACCAAUCAAAGUGCAUGCGGUGGUGACGUUACAAUGUACUUCUUCAGUUCUUCUUCUGGUCAUUCUAUCAGCAUGGUUGCCAUGUUGGUGCUAUCCGCAGGAAAACAGAUGUGCUCAGUCCUAGAUAUGUUGUGAUUUGAAACUAUGAGAACACCAUGCCUGUUCAUUGAUGUCUGAUAACUUAAUCAGGCCUACCUAGCUCCUGCCUGUAAUUCUCCCUUGAAAAACUGGGAACUAAUCCUGUCAAGGCAACUUCUUUUAAGAGUCGGGUAAUAUUCCUCCCAGUUUAGCCCUUGAGGAGUAGGCAUGGUGUUUUCUCAAUGAGGUUGAAGGGCAAUCCUUCUUCUAAUCCCUAGACAAAAUUUAGAAUCUGCGCUUUGCUCUUCCCCAAGUAGAACCAAUAUGGCUCUGAUGGAUUUCCAAUUGAAGUUUCAAGGGAAGAGAAACUUCUAAGGAUGCAAGUGAGAUAUGUGCUGUAAGUGUGGACAUUGAUGGUCAACCUAAAAUCGACUGAACUCUGCCAUUGUGCUGGACCUUUAUUUGUCCCUUUAGGGGGAUUGGUACCCCAGUCACAGGACAUGUCAAGCAAUUAAAAUUCAGUGACUGUAUUGUGUUUAUUUGCUACUUGCCGACUAUCGGGCAUCAGACAUUACAGAGCAAGCCAUCAGGAUUGAUUGUUCCGAGUUGAGGAAAGUUUAACUCCUCUGACUGUAGUCCAAGGCAUGUCUCCUCAUGGAUUUCAGUGUUAAACGUUGCAUUUCUUUAGUGCAUUUGUUGUCACGAGGACAAUUCUACUGACUAAGGUGAGAAAAUCUGAUUAUGGGUUUUCAAAUUGACCAGUUGUACAAUAAUCUGCACACAUCCAUACUUUUCUUCAACCAGGACUUGUUUUAAAAAAGAAUUGAAUAUCAUAUUUGUUAUUCACUGAGAGAGAAUGACUUUACUCUGACAUCUGUUCUCGCCAUGACUUUUUUUGCAGAAGUCAUUGAAAGCUAUUGGUUGAUAAAGCCAAAUUGAGGCUGGCUAGAUGACACUCCUGCGUGUGAGCAAGAUGGGGACUUUGGAAUUGUUGGUCUUUAGGAAUAUCGGGUGGGCUAUGAUUACAACAGUAGUUUUUUGUUAUAGUUUCAUGUAAAUACAGAUAUUUAUUGGCUCUAAUAAAGAGUAUAAUUGACAUAUCAUUGUUUCUAUAAAAAAUUUGGCUAUUAUAUGUUAUCAUUGAAUUUUUCUAUUCGUUCUAGCCUUGGAUUCUAUCAGAGUUGUUAAAUUUCAGGAAUUGAUAGCAAGUUAUUUGGGAAUACAGAUAAUUUUGUAUGUGUUGAUCAACAAUUUAGCCCUCCUGGUGAAAGGUGAAAGACCACAUAAAUUUAGGGUACUUUUAUAGCCCAUGUUAUGUGAUGGCAGUGUGAUGUGAGUAAAGGCAGAAACAAAUGGCAAGCGAAAAACAUCCAACUCCUUUAUUCGUUUCUGAGUCGUAGGUAACAAGGGACAGGAUAGUACCAGAGAUACUCACCAGACUGUGACCUGGUCAACCAUGAUAGACAUGACACUCUUACCCAAAAUGACCUGCCUGUCAUGUCUAUUUACCAUAGAUAUGAUGGAGACCCAUUCCAUAGAAUUGGCAGCAGACAGCAUCAAAGGUAAUGUAGUUUCUGGGAAUGAAAGCUGGAUGUUUCCAGCUUGUAUUUGUUUCUGGUCAAGGCCACUUAAUCUGGUGUUGUGAUUUUAUACUUAUGGAAACUAGUACAUUACAUGUAGUAUUGAGAUUCAUAGGUUGUGUACUUAAAAAUAGAGUAGAUGUGAUAAUUGUAGACAUUAUAUUUAGUUUCCGAUGUUUAGCUUUGUAUCAUUAGGCAUGAAAUAAUUGUGUAUGAAUGAAAUAUAUAUUUUUGGAAAAUGAAAUUGACUUAAUUUAUUCCAAGGAAUUAUAGCCUGAUCGGGCCGUGCAUUAAAGCAUUGAGAUGAUAUAGAAAUUCAAAAACUUGGUGAUUACACAUUUUGCACAUUUAGGAGGUAUCACUCUGGUACCAGUACUUAAAUCCCUACCAGUUGCUUAUUAAUACAAAAGCCACUAUCAAUAGUUCAAUUUUCUGCUGCAUCUUUCAGUUUGUGCAUUAAAACUGGUGUCUUCUCGCAUGAUUUCCAAUGGGAUCUUUUUGGUUCAUUGGAGUAAAAUCUUAUGUCAGAGCAUAAAAAGUCUCGGUACACUAUGCCUGAUCAAAUAUGGGAGUUGGGGCAUCAUAAUAUGAUAAUAACCACUUUGUUUUCUUAUCACCUUGCUAUAAUUGCGGACUUCGCCCUUAAAGAAAAAUGUGUUUUCAAACCAAUUUAGCGUUUUUUCGAUCAAAAGAUAUGUAUUUGUAGUGAUUUACUUAAUUUUAUUGGAUGAGUAUGCCUUCUACUUUGCAAAUGAAUUGCCUUUGAUAUUCAAGUGCAACAUUGAUUAUAUAUGUAUAUAUUUUGUUAAAUCAUACAAGUGUUUGUGUACAAAUCAGGAUAAAUUGCAUAUGGAGCUAUCGUGUGUACCUUAUCCCCUAGUAAAUGUAGGUGCUUGACGAAGGAUUCCACCGAAAAAAGAUCUAUUUAACAGGCUUAAAUUAACUUCCCAAGUUUGAAAAAUGUCUUUGAAAUUGAUUGUAAUUAUUGCUUUGUUGCACCAGGUGCCCUUUUUUCAAACCUGGAUCUGCCCAUUUAUUUUGUUAUACAUAUAUGUUACAGAAUUAAAGAUAUGUGUGGUUGCAUCUUUUGAUGGCCCUUUGUUAUGUUUUGGCCAAAAUAAAUCGGUGAGUAAGGAUGAAGAAAGCUUCAGAUAUUAUGUGAUUUAUUCUGAGUACCUCAUUAUAGUGCUGUGUAUUCCAAUGGUGUAGUGCCCAAUUGAAUCCCCUAGGAAGGGCAGUGAGUCACAUGCCUCUUCAGGGCUCUACAGCAUAGUUUUUGUUGCUAAAAGUUGCAUGUGUUUUCAUGCAUUAUUUUGUUUGUGCCGGACACUUACAAGGUUAAACUGUUGAGAGGCAAAUCUGUUGGCAGUGUUGUUACAAACUCCAUACAGACCCUGAAAGGGUACUUGACUCACUGAUGUAGUUUAUAGUACAUUGCAGUGUGAGGGGAAAAUAAUAUUGAUACAGCUUACUUAUACGGGGACAUAUAGAACAGCUGAUUCAUUACACUAUGAACUUGAUUAGACAUGAAAUCUGUCACGAGAUAUCCAAUACGCCAUCCAACACUUGGUCAGCAGAAGCAUUGAAUGGUCCACGUUGUUUCCCAAUUCAUGUUUGAUUGCCCUAAUUCUGAAUAAUUUGCCGUAUUUUUUGAUUUGAGCAAAUAUUCUGUGAUUCCUCCUCGUGAAUUGAUUUAUAAAGUGAUAGGUGUAUGAUGAUGAAAAAAUCGAUUAUAGUAGCCAAGAUGUAGAAGUUAGACUUUAAAAUGUAGAAAUUUUGUACAUAGUUAUAUAAUUGUAAUAUACUGGUACUCAAAAUAGUUCAUUGUAGAUAUGUUUUUGUUGUUCGGCGGUAUAUUGUAUACGGUACUUGGAAUAAUGAGUUUAUAGUCCUUUUCACAAAAAAGUAACACUGCAUCCUAAAAAGGCUAAAAUUUCUGGAAUAUUCGGAAUUCCAAUUAAACUUGUUUGAUUGAAUGAAAUGGCUUAUUCUUGGUGAUAUUGUUCAAUUCUAGCAAAUUAUUGUUAGAUACGGGUCAGACUUUGCAGUUUCAGAUGAAAUGUACCAUUUUGUUCAACUGCUGCAUUUUUUGUGUGAAAUCAUCAAAAAUUUGAUUGCCAGUUUUUGUGAAAUGGACUAUUGAUAGAGGCUUUUAGAGCUGAUAUGACCGGUAUAACCUUCAGAAAACACUUUGGGCUCACAGUGUCGUGAAUUAGCAGUAUCUGCUGCGAAGAGGCCUAUAGGUUCAGUCAAAAUAAGGCAAAGAGUCUAUUCGGGUACAAUUUCUGAAUUUGGUUUCAGUUCUCUUUCUUUGUCCCCUCUUUGUUACAUUGUAAAUGGGAAAGUGUCAGUGCCCUCCUUUAAUUGCCAGGGGAGCCACCUACUAAACAGAAGAGGAACUAUUAUUUGUAGACCCACAUGCAGACAUUUCUUCGUUUAUGAGGUGACCCCCUGGUAUUUGUUUAAGGUGUGUGAAUGCCCUUGUAGCCAUCUAAUAACAGAGGUUAUUACCUCGAUGUGAGAGAAAAUUACUGACUUGUAACAAGAAUGGAUGUACAAAUUAAGAUAAAACAUAAAUAAAAUUGUAAUGCCAAAGUAAA